UAUUUUCUGAUAAAAAGAGUUUUUUGGUUUUUCUUUAGGUUUAAACUGAUUAAUAACCAAAAGAUCUACAAAUUAAAAGUGCUUUUUUCACUAAAAAGAAAAACCCUUUUUGGUGAAAAUUUGGUUGUAUAUGCAUGAAACUUUUCCUCUGAAAGAUGUUUAAUGGAGUCACUUCCAUGUCUUUCAUCCUUUUUUAUCUCCCCUUUUCUCUUUAUUGUUUCUUCAACUUUCUUGUUUGUUCUUCAAACACUUAAAGCUUUUCACUUUUCCUUUUUCCCCAAACCCUUUUUCAUUUUUUGAUAUCAGAAAAAAAAAAAUUAAAAACAAAAGAGUAGCGCGCUAGUGUUUAGAGAAAAGCAUCAGCAAAUAGCUGAUUUUUCAAGGCCAAUGGAAGAAAUAGCAAUACCAAACAACCCCAACAAUAACAAUAACAAUCCAAGGCCAAUAACACCAAUAGUUGGAGUUGGAAUUGGAGAACAAAGAAAAGCAAGGCCUCAAAAAGAUCAAAAUGUGAAUUGUCCAAGGUGCAACUCAACCAACACCAAGUUUUGCUACUACAACAACUAUAGCCUUACACAACCAAGGUACUUUUGCAAGACUUGUAGAAGGUAUUGGACUCAAGGUGGCUCUCUUAGAAACGUCCCCGUCGGCGGCGGCUCAAGGAAGAACAAAAGAUCAUCUUCUUCAAACCCAUCAAUCAACACCACUAACAACAACAACAACAACAACAACUCCACUAAUUCUUCCAUACCUAAUAAACUCAUACCUGAUCUAAACCCACCAAGUAAUAAUAAUUCCUUGUCACACCUAAUCACUUCCUCUCAAAACCCUAAAUUCCUUGAAGGUCAUGAUCUUAACCUUGCUUUCCCUAUGCAAGGUCUUUUCCACCCUACUAACAAUGAAAAUCAUGAGCCUAUCAAUAUCAUGAACACUAAUAAUAACAACAAUAAUAUUUCCACUAAUACUACUACUAAUACAUGUAGUACAACAACCUCUUCAACACCAAUUUCAGCCCUUGAGCUUCUUAGAACUGGGAUUGCUUCUAGAGGAAGCAUGAACCCUUAUGUCCCGAUGCCGAUGCAGAUGCCGAUGCCGGAUUCCGGUACCUUAUAUCCCUCAGGUUUCCCUAACUUGCAAGAAUUCAAGCCAAACAUGAAUAAUGUGUUUUCUUCGCCGCCGCCGCCACCGCCGCCGGCCGGUGAUCAUCAUAACAACAUGGUUGGAUCAGGUGGUGGUGAUAAUAAUGUGGGAUCUCAUGCUAGGCUUUUGUUUCCUUUUGCUGACAUGAACAAGCUUGCUAGCUCAACUCAUCAUCAUCAUCAAGAAAUGGAUGAUCAAAGCAAAGAAGGAACAAAUGAUCAUCAUCACCAACAUAAUAAUCAUCAUCAUCAUCAUAAUCAAGGGCCAACAAAUGGGUAUUGGAGUGGUAUGCUAGGUGGUGGAACAUGGUAAUUAUUAAAGUAAUUAGGAGAUCGAUCAGAGCAUAUAAAUUAUCUUUUUAAUUUUGAUUACAAAUUACAAUAUGGUUUGUUUGGGGUUUUUAAUUUCGAAAACUAACAUAUAUAUAAUUAAUUAAUAGGGGGUACAUCGUAAUUGUUGUAUUUUGAUCACAUUAUUCAUGUAAUAGUUUUUGGAGCUUUGUUUUGAUUUUAGGGUUUUUGGGCAUUUUUUAUUUUUAAUAUAUAAAGGGUUCUUAUUAGGUUAGAGAUAGAAGAAGAGGUGAAUAUUAUAUGACUGUAUAUCUUUUAUUCAUAACUUCUUCUAUAUCUAAACACAUUAAGGCAAUCCCCUUUAA